AGCAAUGCAAGAAGGAUAUUUACAUGGACUGUCCUAUCUUGAUACGGCAAGAGGCAUCGCUCCAAUCGUGGAAAAAUUGCCGUAUGGACUACAGGACAGAUGGAUGAUGGAAGGCUCGCGCUACAAACAGGAAUAUAAAACUCACCUUCCCUUCCUCUCAGGUCUUCCUUACCUCCAGCAUAUCACGGCGGGGAGCAAGAAGAUGGGCAGGAGGAAACAGUCGUUGCAAGUUGCACUGAGGUAUGUGGGGAGGGCUUUUUAGGAAAGUCAUGUUCUAAAAUAUGCCUGGUCAGUGUUUACCCAGCUAAUGACCGCAGCAAGAGCAAAAGAAUGUACGCCAUGUUGGACGACCAGAGUAACUUGUCAUUGGCACGCUCUGAGUUUUUCGAUAUGUUCAAAGUUAACAGCCUUGCAGCGCCAUACACUCUGCAGACCUGUUCUGGUGUAGGUCUCACAGCUGGUCGCAGAGCCUCUGGUUACGUCAUAGAGUCCAUAGAUGGCGCCACUGCAAUACAGCUACCAAUGUUGAUCGAGUGUAACAUGAUACCAAACAAAAGAGAAGAAAUUCCCACUCCAGCCGCUGCACAAGGUCAUCCUCAUCUCGAACGUAUUGCACACAAAAUACCACCUCUAGAUGACAGUGCUGAGAUUUUUCUAUUACUCGGAAGAGACAUUCUAAGAGUCCAUAAAGUGCGCAGUCAAAUCAAUGGAACACACAAUGCACCAUAUGCACAGAGGCUGGAUCUAGGCUGGGUGAUAGUGGGAGAAGUUUGCUUGGGCAGCACUCAUAAGCCUUCAGAGGUCACCAGUUUAAAGACUCACGUUCUAGCAAAUGGGAGGCCCACUCAUUUUCCUCCUUGUGAAAAUCACUUCACUAUCAAAUCAGAGACUAAUCUUCCAGAUCGACAGCUAGCUCUCAGUAGCACAAAAAUGAAAGAAAAUGCAAGCAACGUAAGCUUUGGAAGAGAUGUUUUCUGUCAGACUAAAAAUGACAACAAGCUUGCACCUUCGAUGGAGGAUCUGUUAUUCCUCAAAAUUAUGGACAAUGAGUUCACACAAAAUGAGUCAAAGAGCUGGGUGGCCCCACUACCUUUUCGUGAGCCAAGGAAAAUACUACCAAACAACCGCCAGUAUGCAGUUAGUCGCCUCAAGUCACUGCAACGCACACUCAUAAAAAACCCAGAAAUGCAGUCCCACCUCACAGACUUUAUGCAAAAGAUGAAGGACAAUGGACAUGCUGAGCUUGCACCCCCAGUACAGAAAAACAAAGAGUAUUGGUAUUUGCCCUUUUUCGGAGUCUACCAUCCACAGAAAAAAUCGCAGAUAAGAGUGGUAUUUGACUCCAGCGCACAGUUUGAAGGUAUGUCACUUAAUGAUGCGUUACUCUCAGGGCCUAACCUAAACAACAGUCUAUUGGGUGUACUGGUGAGGUUUAGGAAGCAUAAAGUUGCAAUAACCGCAGACAUUCAGCAGAUGUUUUACUGCUUUCUAGUAAGAGAGGACUGUAGAGAUGUUUUAAGAUUUGUGUGGCACAAAGACAACAACCCCAAAAAUGACAUAGUGGACUACAGAAUGUGCGUCCAUGUUUUUGGCAAUAGCCCCUCCCCUGCAGUAGCAACCUAUGGGCUAAGAAGAGCUGCACAACAAGGAGAGGAAAAAUAUGGGGCAGAUGUGCGUCAGUUUGUUGAAAGAGACUUUUAUGUGGAUGAUGCCUUGAAGUCUGUUCCCACUGAGCAAGGCGCCAUCAAUCUUGUCAAAAGAACACAAGAAAUGCUAGCAGCCUCAAAUCUCCGGCUCCUCAAAAUAGCCUCCAACAAAGUUGAGGUGAUGGAUGCUUUUCCAGUGGAGGACCGUGCCAAAGAUCUCCAGGAUUUGGACCUGUUCAAGGACGACCUUCCUGAUCAGCGAAGCCUUGGCAUAAAAUGGAACAUAAUGUCAGACUAUUUCACCUUUCACAUCCCCCAUACAGAUAAACCCUACACACACAGAGGGGUCCUUUCAACAGUAAACAGUGUAUUUGACCCGCUAGGGUUUCUGUCUCCAGUCAUCAUCCAAGGACGACUCCUUUUGAGAGAACUUUCGCUGCACACUACAGAGUGGGAUUCAGCCCUGCCCGAGGACAUGAGAGGGAAAUGGGUAGAAUGGCAGCAGUCCCUACAAUGCCUCAGUAACCUCCAAAUGCCGCGCACAUACUCUAACAUCCCACUUUCUCAAGCCAAAUGUGUAGAACUAUGCAUCUUUUCGGACGCAUCUAUGAAAGCAAUAUGUGCAGUUGCUUAUAUUAAAGUUACCGCUGCUGAUGGCACAACAGAAGUUGGCUUUGUUCUGGGUAAGGCACGACUCACCCCCCAGCCGGAGCUUACAGUCCCCAGGCUUGAACUCUGUGCCGCAGUUAUGGCUGUGGAAAUGGCAGAAGUGAUAAGCGAUGAGAUUGACCAUCAAAUAGACAAAAUUGGCUUCUACACAGAUAGCAAGGUGGUCCUGGGCUAUAUCAACAACCAGUCAAGGCGCUUCUACGUCUAUGUAAACAACCGUGUUCGACGCAUCAGAGAGUCAACAACACCUGAGCAAUGGCACUUCGUCGCAACGGAUCAAAAUCCUGCUGACCACGGCUCACGCGCUGUCCCAGCUUCAGAGUUGCAGAAAACGUCAUGGUUCACAGGGCCGGCCUUCCUACAGUGCUCUUCAGACAUCCAGCCAGAGCAACAUCUGUAUGAGCUACUGGAGCCAGACAGUGAUGCAGAGGUGCGCCCAGAGGUAAGAACCCUCUGCACAAACACUACAAAAACCGUGUUAGACACAAAACGCUGGGAACGCUUUUCCUCAUGGAAAUCACUGAAAAGAACUGUAGCAAACCUGAUUCACGUAGCACAAUGCUUCUCCUCUUCCAAAACAAACAAAGACUGUAAUGGUUGGCAUAUCUGUAAAACAGCCAUUACAUGUGAACUGUUAGAGCAAGCUGAGAACAUUAUGAUGAAAAAUGUUCAGCAAGAAACGUAUGCAGAUGAGAUCAAAUGCAUUUCAGCAAAACAAAAUCUUUCCAAACACAGCCCGCUCAUAAAGCUUAACCCCAUCAUUGGAAAUGACAGCCUAUUGAGAGUCGGUGGUCGCAUUAUUCGCUCAGGCUUAGAAGCAAAAGAAAUGAAUCCUAUUAUAUUACCAGGCACCAACUACAUAACCACCCUCCUUGUGCGACAUCACCAUGAAAAGGUUAACCACCAAGGGAGACACUUUACCGAAGGGGCGGUCAGAGAAAGUGGCCUGUGGAUUGUAGGUGCAAAAAGGUGCAUUGGCAAAGUUAUAAACAAGUGUGUUACAUGCAAGAAACUGAGAGGAAAGUUUGAGGAGCAAAUAAUGAGUGACCUGCCAGUAGACCGACUUCGGCUAGAGCCCCCCUUUUCUUAUGUGGGCUUGGACAUUUUUGGCCCAUGGGAAGUAUUCACAAGGCGUACAAGAGGAGGACAGGCUAACAGCAAACGGUGGGCAGUACUCUUUACCUGCUUGUGCACAAGGGCUGUUCACAUUGAAGUUGUGGAGGAGAUGAGCUCAUCAAGUUUUAUCAAUGCACUGAGGCGCUUUUUUGCGCUGAGAGGUCCUGCUAAACAGCUGCGCUCCGACUGUGGCACUAAUUUUAUUGGUGCUCACAAAGAGAUCACAACGUCAGUGCCAGACGAGAACAAAGUGCAACAAUAUUUACAGGAACACAAGUGUACAUGGGUAUUCAACCCACCCCAUUCAUCCCAUAUGGGUGGAGUAUGGGAACGUAUGAUCGGCCUGGCGAGGCGCAUUCUGGACAACAUGUUGCUGCAAGCUGGUCGUGCCCAACUUACCCAUGAAAUACUGACUACAUUUCUUGCAGAAGUCACGGCCAUAAUGAAUGCCCGCCCGCUAAUACCAGUCUCAUCAGACCCAGAGCAUCCUUUCAUUCUAAGCCCUGCUAUGCUGCUCACACAAAAAACGCAUGCUGUUCCUCCAAUCUAUGACAACAUCGACCAGAAGGAGAUGCUGAAGAGCCACUGGAAGCGUGUUCAGUUCCUCGCAGACAACUUCUGGAGCAGGUGGCAAAAGGAGUAUCUCAGCAGCCUCCAAUCUCGGCAGAAAUGGCACCACAAAAGGACUGACAUUAAAGAAGGGGAUGUAGUACUCCUUAAGGACGAACAAACAAGAAGAAAUGAGUGGCCAAUGGGCGUCAUUGCAAAGACAGUUCCCAGUGUCGAUGGAACCGUGAGAAAGGUUGAGGUUAGAGUCGCUAACCAAGGGACUGUCAAGACUUAUUUUAGACCCAUAUCAGAAUUGGUUUUUCUGUUAUCCGGUGAUGUUUAAGUUUGUUUAUUUGUGGUAUCCAUAGGAUGCCAGACGGGGAGUGUUCUGGCUCUGCCAUUAGUAUUGUGUGCACUGGCUCUUUAAGAGAAUCAGGAAGUGAGUGUCCUGGCCAUGCUGCGCAGAGAUGAUGACGUAAUGUGAUUCAGACCACGGAGACGGCAUGUUGUUCAGUUCUGUAGCUGUGUUAGAGUUCAUAAAAGCAUUCCCUGUGAGUAUUGCAGUAAAAAAUGAUGUGUAGAUGGAAUAUAUGUUAGAAAGUAGUACAUUUAAGUAGUUCAUUUAAUGUUUAGGGAACUAUUUACAAGUCUUAUUUUGAAUGCAUUAUUUUGGCUCAUAUCAAUGUAAUGAGACAGUAUAUGAUUUAUGUUAAGCUUUAAUUAACAAUUGCUGCAUUAUUUGUGUAUACUGAUGCACCUAUACUGUAUCUGUUUGUUAUAGUUUCACACCUGCCAUAUAAAAAC